AUCACUGCUACCCCUUUGGAACUCCUCCAUCUCACCCAUCCCUCCUCCCCCUGACCUGGACUCCCCUAACGCAGUGUACAUGGGGGCCGAAAUUGUCAUUGCCACCCUAUCCACCUUGGGAAACCUACUAGUGUGUGCUGCCGUGGGCCUCAAUAAGAAACUCUGCACUGUCACAAACUACUUCCUGGUGUCGCUAGCCGUAGCUGACAUGUGCGUGGGCGCGUUGGCCAUCCCAUGCGCUAUCCUGACUGCCAAGGGUGUUCCCCGCCACGACCUCUACCUGUGCCUGCUGAUGCUCAGCGUGUUGAUCACUCUGACACAGAGCUCCAUCUUCAGCCUGCUGGCCAUAGCUGUGGAGCGUUACAUCGCCAUUCUCCUGCCUUUGCGUUACUGCAUGCUAAUGACACCGCGUAGCGCUAUCCUAGUUAUUCUGGUUACCUGGGUGCUAGCUUUCCUAAUAGGCCUGGUGCCCCUCAUGGGUUGGCACAAGAAGCCGCCCGACUCCGGUUACUGCUUAUUUGUGCUAGUGGUGGACAUGAACUACAUGGUCUACUUUAACUUCUUCGCCUGCAUGCUGGCUCCCUUGGUGGUCAUGUUCAUCAUCUACACCCAGAUCUUUGCCACAGUCAAGCGGCAGCUGCGGCGCAUCGCGGCCGAGGGCGGCGCAGGGGAUGCGAAGGGGCAGGCAGCCCAGGCGGCAGGUGCAAAUAGGGAGCUGAAGACAGCCACAUUGCUUUUCCUCAUCCAGUUCCUCUUCGCGGCCUGUUGGAUCCCUCUGCAUGCCAUCAACUGUUUUCUGCUCCUCUGCCCCGGGUGCCCCGUGCCUCUGGAGCUCCUGCUUGCCGCCAUUAUCCUUUCGCAUGCUAACUCCGCCAUUAACCCCUUCCUGUAUGCGUACAAGAUGAGAACCUUUCGGAACACCUUCAAAGCCAUCUUGCUCUGCUUCAGAGCUCAAGGGGGCGAGAAAGAAGGUGGGUCCACCAACCACCCAAGCUGACUGAUGACAAUAUUGGCAAAAUCUGAAUCGGCACUCCUUUACAUUCAACUGGUGACCCGUAUGUGCCAUUUUGAGUCUGUUAUGCAAAUGAUUGUGAGCAAUGACAACGGUCUAAUUAAAUAAUUGAAAUUGCAAUAACAUUAGUUACACAUCUGACUAAUGUUAGCUCAAAAUCAUUUACACUAAAGGUAAAGUUUUUAGAGCACCAGGCUACAUGGUUAUUUAAAUCAUUAGC